AACGGUGACUGGGACGCGCCCUUACCUUCAGCCAUGGAAGAUGCCUGGACGUCAUGGAGAGCCUCUCUGUCCGAGCUCGCUGAGCUUCCCAUCCCAAGGCGCUACACAGAAGCUUCACCAUCAGCAGCGGUAAGAAGAGAACUGUGUGUGUUUUGUGAUGCGUCAGUCAAGGCUAUCGGUGCUGUGUGCUACCUGAAAGUGACAGACAGUAAUGGCAACAACCAGGUUGGAUUUGUAAUGGGCAAAGCCAAGCUGGCCCCCCGUCCUGAACACACAGUGCCAAGACUCGAACUCUGUGCAGCAGUGCUUGCUGUCGAGUUAGCAGACCUGGUCUCUGCAGAACUAGAUCUACAGCUUGAUGAUGUAACCUACUACUCGGACAGUAAAGUAGUCCUGGGCUAUAUUUGCAAUGAGACCAGGCGCUUUUAUGUCUAUGUCAGCAACCGGGUGUUACGCAUUCGAAGAUCCAGCCGACCAGACCAGUGGCGCUAUGUACCAACAGAUCUGAACCCUGCGGAUCACGCAACACGUUCCAUCCCUGCUGGCCAACUGAAACACACCAAUUGGUUGAGUGGGCCCAAAUUUCUCUCCAAGCCGGAGCCCAGCAUUUCUGACAGCACUUAUGACCUUGUUGACCCGAGCACAGACCCAGACAUCCGCCCUCUGGUGUCUGCCUUAAGCACUACAGCCUCAAACAAACAACUGGAUUCACAACGCUUUGCCAAGUUCUCUACCUGGAAGUCAUUAACUCGUGCAGUCACUCGCCUCGUUCACAUAGCCUGUCAUUUCAAGACAGCUCACAGAGAGAACGGAGCAUGCAAGGGGUGGCAUUACUGCAAAGCUGAAACAGUUGAGGAAUCAGAGAAAGCAUCGGCUGUGAUCAUCCAAGCAGUUCAACAGGAAGUUUAUAGCCAGGAGAUAAAGUGCAUUCAAAAACAGGAAAAGAUGCCAAAAUCAAGCCCUCUUAGAAAUCUGGACCCGUUCAUUGACACACACGGGCUUCUCAGAGUUGGAGGCCGCCUUCGUCAUUCAAAUCUCGAUCAGAGCGAAAAGACUCCCCUGAUUAUCCCCGGCCAACACCACGUCGCCACCUUGCUCAUUAGACACCACCACGAGCAAAUCCAUCAUCAAGGCCGUCACUUCACAGAGGGGGCGGUCCGUUCAGCUGGCCUUUGGAUAGUUGGAGGGAAGAAAAGAGUAAGCAGCAUCAUCCACCAAUGCAUGACGUGCAGAAGGCUCAGAGCUCCACUCAGCAUCCAGAAGAUGGCAAACCUGCCCGCCGAUCGUCUUUCGACAGACCCGCCGUUCUCCAGCGUGGGUCUUGAUGUGUUCGGUCCAUGGAACGUCUCCUCACGCCGGACCAGAGGCGGCUUCGCUCAAAGUAAAAGGUGGGCAGUGAUCUUUACGUGCAUGAGCAUAAGAGCUGUGCACAUUGAAGUCAUAGAGUCCCUCGACACCUCUAGCUACGGCGCUUCCUUUCAGUACGUGGGCCGGUCAAACAUAUUCGUUCUGACCGCGGUACCAACUUUAUUGCCGCCUGUAAGGAACUGAAGAUGACCUCGAACAUUGACAGCAUUGCCGUAAAGACCUAUCUCUCAGACAAGGGCUGCACCUGGUCUUUUAAUCCUCCACAUGCAUCCCAUUGGGGUGGAUCGUGGGAGAGAAUGAUAGGGCUGGCGAGGAGGAUUCUGGAUGCAAUGUUCCUCCGGCUGAAAGACAAUCUCACCCAUGAAGUGCUGGUGACCUUUAUGGCAGAAGUCGCAGCGAUCAUCAACGCCAGGCCACUUGUUCCAGUGACAAUGGACCCACAUGACUCGUUCAUACUCACGCCUGCUGCUCUUCUCACACAAAAGGCAAACUUCGUGCCUGCUCCUGCUGGUGAGUUUGGAGUUGCAGACCUCUACAAAUCCCAGUGGCGGCAGGUUCAGCACCUGUCUAACACCUUCUGGGACCGCUGGAGGAAACAAUUCCUCCCAACACUGCAGGCCCGCAAGAGAUGGCAGUCCGCUCAGCCAAACAUUCAGCCUGGAAGCGUUGUUCUCCUUAAGAACAGCCAAGCACCUAGGAAUGAAUGGCCUCUUGGACUGAUUACACAGGCCUUCCCUAGCAAAGAUGGAAAAGUGCGCCAGGUUGAGGUGAAGAUCAUCAAGCCAGGUGGGACUAGCCUCUUUCUCAGGUCAGUCAAUGAAAUAGUUCUACUUCUACCUCCAGAGGCACAGUAAAUGGACUGUGGAUGGUCUGUGGGUGACGUGUGACCACGUCAGGCGGGGAGUGUUUUGUUAUGAGUGGAAAAAUAUCAUUAAGCUAAUUUUCAGAAGUUAAAUAUGUUUUACUUUUGGCUGUCAAUGCAGAUUCCUAAGGUGUUUCUAUUUUGGUCAUGUUCACGCGAGAUCGCGUUGUUGAAAAAUGUCCUAUGACUUGACCCGUAGUUAGGAAGUAAGCGCUCAACUCACGUAUUUCGGCGAUUUGUUUUAGAUUCAUGCAUAUCCUAUCGCAUCUCUCAACAUCUUGUGUCUGGCAUAGCAUCGUCGUUUCACCUUUUCUCUAACUCCAAUAAACCUGUGGAACGAACUAGAACGAAUCUUCAGAGUCUUGGUGUGGGGAAAAAGUUUAGCUGGCCGUCAGGAUAUUAAUAGACAUAUCGAGGACGGCACAAUAAGUUAACAAAACACAGAUCCUAAAUUUGGAAAAACUGUAGUAAAAGCAACGGUAAUAAUAACAGAUGAAUGACAAGGAAAGAAAAUCACUUGUAGUAAGGUCUGCUUAAAGUUUUUCAAGGG